AUGGAUCCAAAAUGUGCUGAGUAUCUGCUUGAGAUAGGUGUGGAGCAUUGGGCCAGGUCACAUUUUCCAGGUAAUCGUUACAAUACCAUGACAAGCAACCUGGCGGAGUCUUGGAAUUCGGUGUUGCGUGAAGCCACAGAAUAUCCGGUGAUACCGUUGAUUGAGUUCAUACGUGGGAAAUUGACUGCUUGGUUUGCAUCUCGCCGGGAAGCAGCCCAAAAGAAUAAGGGUUCACUUACUCCCAAGGUUUCAGGUAUUGUCACCAAAAAUUUUGAGCUUACGGGUGGAUACGUAGUCACUAAUAUAGCUGAGGAUGAGCAUGAGGUCCGCAACAAAAACGGUGCGGGUUUUCAUGUUGACUUGGUUAACAAAACUUGUAGCUGUUGUGAGUUCCAAAUGCUUUCCAUCCCGUGUUCACACGCUAUUGCUUCGGCAAUUAAAUGGAAAUAUAGCGUGGAAACGUUAGUGUUAUCUGCUUAUACGGUUGAGGGACUAAGGUCCGCGUAUGCAGGAAGUGUUUUGUCCGUGCCAGACUACACUGGUUUGUCUGAUCUGGUUUCUGAUUUUGGCGAAAAGCAUUUAUGUCCUCCUGCGACAAGGCGACCACCAGGGCGGCCGAAAAAGCAACGGUUCUUUUCGAGGAGGGAGAAAAUUAUGAAACGCAUGCGGAGGAGGACAUCGUGCAGCCGAUGCAAGGGUUUAGGACACAACAAAGCCACUUGCAAGGAAGCAAUAUAA